AAUAGCAGAGCUAUGAGCCGAAGGAAGAAGACAAGACAAGGCAAGACAACACCCCUCCUCCUCUCUGCGACUGCGAGAAGAAGCGCUUGCGGUGAUGGCCAGCCUCCACGCGUUGCGCAGGGAGCAGAGGGCUCAAGGUCCCGCCACCAUCAUGGCCAUCGGGACCGCCACCCCUCCCAACCUUUACGAGCAGAGCACUUUCCCGGACUUCUACUUCCGCGUCACCAACUCCGACGACAAGCAGGAGCUCAAGGAGAAGUUCCGCCGCAUGUGCAAUAAGUCGAUGGUUAAGAAGCGGUACCUGUACUUGACUGAGGAGAUCCUGAAGGAGAGGCCCAAGCUCUGCUCCUACAAGGAGCCGUCGUUCGACGACCGACAGGACAUCGUGGUGGAGGAGAUACCCAAAUUGGCAAAGGAAGCGGCGGAGAAGGCCAUCAAGGAGUGGGGACGGCCCAAGUCGGAGAUCACCCACCUGGUAUUCUGUUCCAUCAGCGGCAUCGACAUGCCCGGCGCCGACUACCGCCUCGCCACGCUCCUCGGCCUCCCGCUCACUGUCAACCGCCUCAUGAUCUACAGCCAGGCCUGCCACAUGGGCGCCGCCAUGCUCCGCAUCGCCAAGGACCUCGCCGAGAACAACAGGGGCGCGCGCGUGCUGGUGGUCGCCUGCGAGAUCACCGUGCUCAGCUUCCGCGGUCCGAACGAGCGCGACUUCGAGGCGCUCGCGGGGCAGGCCGGCUUCGCCGACGGCGCGGCGGCCGUCGUCGUCGGGGCCGACCCGCUGGAACGAGUUGAAAAGCCCAUCUACGAGAUCGCGGCGGCGAUGCAGGAGACCGUGGCGGAGAGCCAGGAGGCGGUGGGCGGCCACCUGCGAGCGUUCGGCUGGACGUUCUACUUCCUGAACCAGCUUCCGGCGAUCAUCUCCAACAACAUCGGGAAGAGCCUGGAGCGGGCGUUGGUGCCGCUGGGGGUGAGGGAGUGGAACGACGUCUUCUGGGUGGCGCACCCGGGCAACUGGGCCAUCAUGGACGCCAUCGAAGCCAAGCUGCAGCUGACCCCGGACAAGCUCAGCACCGCCCGCCACGUCUUCAGCGAGUACGGCAACAUGCAGAGCGCCACGGUGUACUUCGUGAUGGACGAGCUGAGGAAGCGGUCGGCGGUGGAGGGGCGGAGCACCACCGGAGACGGCUUGCAGUGGGGAGUUCUCUUCGGUUUUGGGCCGGGCCUCAGCAUCGAGACCGUCGUACUGCGCAGUAUGCCACUGUAGCAAAGCGACAACUUUCCCUUCUUAUACAUCUAAUUAAUAAUGGUUUGUAUGGCUGUCUAUCUGUUAUAGGACAACUUAACUCAUCUCUGUCUCAAUGUUCAAUCAUAUCUGUCAUAAAGAAGAUGUAUAAGUUGUGUAAAUGGGCAUUAUAGCACAAUAUAUAACUGAUACAGUGCA